AUGGUAUGUUCGCAAACACAGGAAGAAAUAGAAAAAAAAACCUUUUUAUAAUAUACCAGUUUAAUGACGUUCUACAACCAGAGUACAUCUACUAUUACUAUUUUAGCAUAAAGUCUCCCAUGUGUUAGAGAGUAGAGUUGAGCAACCGAACAUUACGGUUCGUACCGAACAUUACGGUUUUUGGACCCGGGACCCGAACACAGACAUAUCACUGUAUGUUCGGGUUGGAGUUCGGUGUUCGCCGAUUUAUUGGCGCGUUUUCAAAGACUGCAGGGAAGCCAAUCAACAAGCGUUUUACUCGUGUGCCCUUAGAAGCCAUCACAGCCAUGCAUACUAAUGGCAUGGCUUUGAUUGGCCAAUGCAGCAUGUGAGAAAAAUGUGGGUAGGGACCAGCGCUUAUUUGUUUCAAUUUCUUAAUGUAUCAAUAAGUAAGUCCUAUUAGCUGCUGUACAUUCAAGUAACCCCCUCACAGUAUCACUAAUACAAAAUGCAAAACCAAAAGAGAAUGUAGCGCUUAGGUAAUAUAGGAAAUAAGUAAAUACAUCACCUUUUUUUUAUAGUUCGGUUGAAAAUUAGACUUUUCUGAUAUGUUCAAUAUGUAAAGAUAUCUCCAAAGAAAUAAUUGCACAUAUGAUUGGUCAUACACAACAAGGUAAUUCUUUUAAAUUAUGGUAGAUAUACACUCACAAACAAAGAGCUAUAGACCUAGCUCUGGUUUGAAUUGCCUCCGGGUCCGUUACGGCGACCCACCCCUACUUCCGAUAUGUAUCUUGUUAAGUCUGGAGUCAUACAACAGUGACUCAAUUCUGAGGUAUUGUGCAGAUUAGGGACUGCACUCCCUUCUGUGGUAGUUAAGAACGCUGGGAACCAGGAUCGAUGAAUAAAAUCUUUACAUUUAUUAACACACUUUAAAAAUAACAAAUUAAAAAAUGUAAUAUGCCAAAUCCGGAAUGCGUUUCGCCACUAUUAGCGUGGCUUCUUCAACUGGGUAAAUGAGUUCAAUACUCUGAGGUUCCCUGUUCUUACUUAAAUAUCGUUAAAAAAAGGGUGGGCUAGGAGUUAAAGGAACACUAUAUUCACCUAAAUUAAUUUAGCUAAAUAAAGCAGUUUUAGUGUAUAGAUCAUUCCCAUGCAAUUUCACUGCUCAAUUCACUGUCAUUUAGGAAUUAAAUCACUUUGUUUCUGUUUAUGCAGCCCUAGCCACACCUCCCCUGGCUAUGAUUGAUAGAGCCUGCAUGAAAAAAACAAAAACUGGUUUCACUUUCAAACAGAUGUAAUUUACCUUAAAUAAUUGUAUCUCAAUCUCUAAAUUGAACUUUAAUCACAUACAGGAGGCUCUUGCAGGGUCUAGCAAGCUAUUAACAUAGCAGGGGAUAAGAAAAUCUUAAUUAAACAGAACUUGCAAUAAAGAAAGCCUAAAUAGGGCUCUCUUUACAGGAAGUGUUUAUGGAAGGCUGUGCAAGUCACAUGCAAGGAGGUGUGACUAGGGUUCAUAAACAAAGGGAUUUAACUCCUAAAUGGCAGAGGAUUGAGCAGUGAGGCUGCAGGGGCAUGUUCUAUACACGAAAACUGCUUCAUUAAGCUGAAGCUGUUCAGGUGACUAUAGUGUCCCUUUAAUGCUUGCGUACCGUCACACGCCAGUACCACCCUCUGGUGCUGCAUGUGCGGUCCAUGCCUCCCUCUCAUACCGUUACCGGGAGUGAGCCAGGAGUGUUUUCACCCUCUUACUUUUUGGUUCCGUAAGAUCCUUCUGCGACUCUUUAGUAGAAAGUAGUGAUAUAGAUGUGAAUCCAAAUAGAUUUGUUUGUAGCCCGCUUGUCGAUACAAUAUUCCUGUUCUUCCUAUAUAUGUCCAUGUAAAUAGUUUUAUCAAAGUCUGUAUUGUUCCUUACACACAUACAACAAAAAAAACAGAAACAAAGUAUCAGUACAUGUUCAUGUUACAGUUUGUAUAUGUCUCAAUUUUCGCUUAGUUCUUCUAAUUUAUUAUAUUCCUAUUGUUCCGUGUAGACGUAACAAGUCUGUCUGCCUGAUCAGAGCUGUAAUACUUUUUCGAAUAGAAACUAAUUUUUUAAUAACCCAAUAAUAAUUAUUAAUAAACAUCACAUCAAUUUAUAACCCUUCGGUGUACUAGUUUAUUUUUUUUACUGAGACUUACAUAACCCCUUGAGGGGUUUUAUUAGAAGGUUAAAAUUUAGAGUCUGGAAAUCCUUAACUUAGAUGUUCCUGUCCCUUAGGUAAAUUAUGUUAUAUAUACUUAUAUGGAGUUAUCAGAUAUCAAAAAAAAAAUUUUGUCCCUAAAAUUGAUUAAACAAUAAGUUAGUCUUUCUGCUGACUUAAGUCUUACAAUUCAUUAACUUCCUAUUGCUCCGUGCAGACACAACCCGUACGUUUGCCUUAGGGGGUUAAGAUUUAUAACGUGAAGAUCCCUGUAUUCAACCUUCUUGUAUUUUAUGUUAGUUCUCUGAAAUGGACUUCUAUAUGGUCGUGUCCUUUAAACUAGAUGUAUCGAAAUUCCCUCUCAUCUCAAGGGUUUGUUUGGAUCAGAACGUGUUCAUUUGCCUCUAGGAGUUAAUUCAAUAAAUUAAAUUUAAAUAUCUAGAAUACUGCAUAUAGUAUCAUUUUCAGAAUAUUCUCUUUUGUUUUUACAGCUUGAGACGGUCAUAGAUGGUGUUAUGGAAGUUACCAAUCAGAAGUUACGUGAUGUUCAAAGUAUGUAGAAAUACAUUUUAAAUUCUCUUUCACAAUACACGUUUAUUGUACUUUGACACAUUUGCAAAAAAAUAAUAAAGAUUUGUGAUGAUUAGAUUAGACUUCCAGGUUGGAAGUGGCAUUAUGCCCCUACUUUUUUUUUUACUGCUGCAGUGCAGUUAUACUGGUCAUCUGGAAGCAGCAGCCAACUUGGGAAGACACUGAGACAAUGGUAUAGAUUAGGAAGCUGUAUUGUGUGUAUAGUAAGAAAGCCUUGUGUUGACUCAUCCUGUAUACAGAAAGUAAUACACGGCUUCUGGAUUUGAGACCUCAAGCCUGUGUGUAUAACCUUUUGAGUCAACACUUGCAGCAUUACAUUCACUAUUUAGGCACAAGCCCACACUUUGGGACAUAACAAGAUUAAAUUCCUCUCGGUCAGACAUUUGUGCACUAAAGCUUCAUGAAAAUAUUCAUUACAGACAAAAAAUAUCCCAUUAAGUGCACAUUAGUGUAUUCGUGUAAUCCAUAUUUUACAUAUAUGACUUUAUCUAACGAGUCUGCUGUCUGUCUGGUAUUUCACAGAGCCCACUUCGACUACUGAAGAUGCAAUUGUUCAAGUUGUAGCAACAGACGUUAAAUUAGUUGAAGGAGUUUUGCAAAUUACAUCAAAUGUAAGUCUAUUUGUUUAGUUGUGAUACUUUUAAAAAGUUCAUACAAAGAAUACAAAUUGCAAUGAUACACUGUGUGUGAAUUCGAAUUCUAAGUUAUGACUUACUAAGUAUAUUUUUUUGUUAAAGGACCACUCUAGGCACCCAGACCACUUCAGCUUAAUGAAGUGGUCUGGGUGCCAGGUCCAGCUAAGGUUAACCCAUUUUUUUUUAUAAACAUAGCAGUUUCAGAGAAACUGCUAUGUUUAUAAAUGGGUUAAUCCUUCCUCCAAAGUCUCUAGCGGCUGUCUCAUUGACAGCCACUAGAGGCGCUUGCGUGAUUCUCACUGUAAAAAUCACAGUGAGAGCACGCAAGCGUCCAUAGGAAAGCAUUGUAAAUGCUUUCCUAUGCGACCGGCUGAAUGCGCGCGCAGCUCUUGCCACGCGUGCACAUUCAGCCGAAUGGGCGGAGAGGAGGAGGAUCGGAAGAGGAGAGCUCCCCGCCCAGCACUGGAAAAAGGUAAGUUUUUACCCCUUUCCCCUUUCCAGAGCCGGCGGGAGGGGGUCCGUGAGGGUGAGGGCACUCAUUUCCUGGCACUAUAGUGGUCCUUUAAGCAAAAAUUUCAGAUCAAUUCAGUAUUAAAUGAAACUUCACAUAUAAAGUGAUCCCGUCAUGAAAGGAAAUUAUCCAAUUAUCCAAUAUUUACAAUAAAUGUAUCCCUCAAAGGCGGGGGUCGGACACCAGAUGUGGUCUGUAGCGGAUUGCAUUAAGGUUGUCCUCAAAAUUUGUGUGUUUUAAAAUGCUUUUGUGUAUUGCUAUUCUAUGUAUUCACAUUGUAUGCAGCAUUCGUCUGAUUGUUUGGUAAAAUCACUCCGUUUAUUAUAGAAGUGAAACUACCGAACAAUCAGACCACUCCCAGGGAUAAGUGUGCCUCUCAUUACCGUUCGCAACAAUGUUGCAAACCCAUAAUUGGCAAUCCGUACUUUGUUCUAUGGGUGGCCACUGUUCGGGAUACGAACACGUGGCGGCGGCCAUCUUAACUCCCGAACAGCGGUGUUUGGUCGUCGAGUGUCUGGAACUCAAAUCGGACACUCGACUAAGCAAACACCGCUAAGGCCUCCAGACUUCCAUAUCUUCAUGCUGAAACAACCGAACGAGCCGCCGUUCGGUAGAAAGACUCAUACGAACAAGGGGAUUCACAUGAAGGCAACAGCUACUUCAUUCGGUAUUUUCAUCCGUUUAUACCCACGAACAGAGACCGACCGCAAGGCCAAAACUUAUGGAACUAUUUUUGGCUACUGUUACCUGUGCGGUCGGUCAAAACUUUACUCCUCCUUAACUCCAGAACCCCUGGUCCGAUCUGGGUGAUUAUUGAGUAUGUUACUCACCCAGAUCAGGACUAUCAGGGGAUACUCUAUUUAGAGGUGUAACUUAUGUAUUUGGGUUACAUCCAGGAACUGGAGAAAUAAUGUACAUGGAUUAAUUGGAUUAUAUGUCAUGCUUAGGGGAGGAGAUGUGUGGAAGGUAACAUGUAUUUUAUUGGUUACUGUAAUAAUUACUGUGGGUGUCUCCCUUGCAUGGGAGAAUUGCUUAAAAGCAGGGAUAUGAAAUUAAACCUCAGUUCUGCUCCUGAUUCUGUCGUCCAGUCAUUGGGAAACGUAAGGGAUACUUUUGGAUUACUUUACUAACCGUGGAUAUUAUUCUCGUGGGUUUUAUUACUUGUUUCUGAGCCUUAUUUGGAUUACCAGCGGAGAUAGUCUGUGAAAGACGAGCACUCCGCUACAUGGUCUACAUCUCCCCUGCUGUUUUUCCAGCAUUAUAACUGUAAGAGUAUUAUGGGAGAUGUAGUCCACAACAUCUGGAGUGCCGAAGGUUGCUUACCCCUGCUUCUAGGGAACACCAAAAGGGAUCAGUUGUUAUACUAUACUGAGGGAGAUAGGAUCAUAUCCUCAUUACACUAAAGUCCUGGCUACAUAGAGUAAGUAUUGAACAAAGGUAUUCUAAGACUGAUAGAACCUAGGAUUAUCUACCCCCAGCAGCUUAGUUACACACAAUCAGCUGAAACAGAACUAUAAAAAAGUGAUAUAUAGGUAAUACGUCUAUAUUAAAGUGGGGUGCUUUUAAAGGAAAAAAUUAUAAACAUACAUAACUAGCUUACCCCUCAAUAAUACACCAAACAAAAUAGAUGAAAUAAAAGAGCAUAAACACUGGUGGUUUUACCAACUCACAUGGACACGGACAUGUACAUAACUCGCUCAGUAGACGGCCCUUUUAUGCUCUUAAGGGGGGGUAGGUAGGGUAUUUCUAUUGGGGGCAGUGACUAGGGGCUUUGGGACCCCUUGUCACUUUAUUAUUUGUGGUCCCCACCCGCCGCUCAUGGGUGGGAACCUUGGGGGUACAUUAGGUCCCCCCCCCCAUUAUUUAUUUAUCUAGGGUCCCCACACGCCGCUCAUGGGUGGGGACCAGGGUGGGACAUUAGGUCCCCCCCCAAUAUUUAUUUGUUUAGGGUCCCCACCCGCCGCUCAUGGCUGGGGACCAGGGGGACAUUAGGUCCCCUCGUUUAUAUUAACCCCUUGAGGACUGCGGGUGUGCUAUGCCGUCCUUGUGGACUUGGCUCUAAUUGCCGGGGGGCGGCAUAGCACGUCCCUGCUGACCUUUCUACUUUCGCCGUCGAUCACGGUGCGGGGACUCACCUGGCAGCCCAGGGAGUCCCCCUCCGUCUGUUCCGGCCCCCCUGGGCCAUGUGAUCGUGAGGUCCUUGCGUAGACCUCGCAAUCACAUGGAUGGCAUAGCCGUCCAAAAAAAAAUAAAAAACAUUUAAAACAGUGUAAAAUUAAAUUAUAUAUACAUUUAUUAUACAAAUGAUCGACGUGUGUGUGUAUGUAUGUGUGUAUAUAUAUAUAUAUAUAUAUAUAUAUAUAUAUAAUAUAAUACACACACAUACACAGUCUAAGUGUAUUUUAAUAUUAAUAUAUAUAUAUAUGAUAUUGAUUAAAUAUAUAUAUAUAUAUAAUUAUAUUUAUAUAUAAUAUAAAAUAAUAUAAUAUAAAUAUGUAAAUACGUUAAAUAUAUAUAUGUAAUUUCAUUCUAACUGUAUUUUAAAAUGUAUAUAUAUAUAUAUAUAUAUAUAUAUAUAUAUAUAACAAAAUUCAAUAUAUAUAUAUAUAUAUAUAUAUUAAAAAAUAUAUAUAUUAAUACUAAAGUACAUGUAGAAUGAUAUUGAUUAAAUAUAUAUAUAUAUAUAUAUAAUUAUAUUUAUAUAUAAUAUAAAAUAAAUAUGUAAAUACGUAAAAAAUAUAUAUAUGUGUGUAAUUUCAUUCUAACUGUAUUUUAAAAUGAAUAUAUAUAUAUUGAUAUUAAAGUACAUGUAGAAUAUAUAUAUAUAAUUAUAUUUAUAUAUAAUAUAAAAUAAAUAUGUAAAUAUGUUAAAAAAAUAUAUAUAUACGUGUGUAAUUUCAUUCUAACUGUAUUUUAAAAUUCAUUUAUAUAUAUAUUUAUAAAGCCAAAAAAAAAAAAAAUCAGCACUCCCAGGAAUUUUGCAAAAAAUCCAAACACUUAUCUUUAUUCCAGUAGUCAACGUUUCAGUUCCACUGGGGAACUUUCAUCAGGACAGAAAAUAUAUAUUUAUAUAUAUAUAUAGAUAUAGAUAUAUAUAUAGAUAGAUAUCAAAAUACAAGUAGAACAAAAUAAUAUAUAUAUACACAUCAGUAUAUACGUAUACAUCACCAUAUACAUACCUAUACAUAAAUAAAAAUAAUUGAAAAAAAUUAUAUACAUAUAUAAUAAUUCUGCGUAUAUAUUUAUGUAAUCAUUUUACAUAAUUACGUCAUUUUAUUAAUUACAAUUUGCGGGACCUGCCUGACAACUCAGGCCGAAAAUCCAGGAAAUUUAAUUUGCUAGCACUAUAUUUAACCCUGUAACUUGACAAGACACCAUUACACCUGUACAUGGGGGGUACUGUUGUACUCAAAAGACUUUGAUGAACACAAAUAUUAGUGUUUCAAAACAGUAAAAUGCAUUACAACGAUGAUAUCGUCAGUGAAAGUGAAUUUUUUUGCAUUUUUCACACACAAUUGGCACUUACACGGACAAUAUAAUUGUUGUGAUACGUUUUACUGUUUUGAAACACUAAUAUUUGUAUCCAAAGUAAUAUUUGUAUCCAAAGUAGAACAGUACCCCUCUUGCACAGGCUUUAUGGUGUUUUCAAAAGUUACAGAAGCAAAUAUAAGGCUUGCGUUUCAGUUUUUUCACAUUGAAAUUCGCCAGAUUGGUUAUGUUGCAUUUGAGACCAUAUGGUAGCCCAGGAAUGAAAAUUACCCCCAUGAUGGCAUACCAUUUGCAAUAGUAGAAAACCUAAGGUAUUGCAAAUGGGGUAUGUCCAGUCUUUUUAGUAGCCACUUAGUCACAAACACUGGCCAAAAUUGGCAUUCAAAUCAGUUUUUUGCAUUUUUCACACACAAACAAAUAUUAACACUACCUUUGGCCAGUGUUUGUGACCAAGUGUCUACUAAACAAGACUGGACAUACCCCAUUUACAAUACCUUGGGUUGUCUACUUUUGCAAAUGGUAUGUCAUCAUGGGGGUAAUUCUCAUUCCUGGGCUACCAUACGGUCUCAAAGGCAACGUAACCAAUCUGGCGAAUUUCAAUGUGAAAAAACUGAAACGUAACAUGCUAUGUUUGAUCCUGUAACUUCCCAAAACACCAUAAAACCUGUACAUAGGGGGUAUUGUUUUACACGUGAGACAUUGCUGAAUACAAAUAUGUGUAUUUUAUUGCAGUAAAAGCAAACAGUAUUAUGACAUUCACAGUUAGAAUGUUACAUAGAACUAAUUUAAAAAAAUAUAUAUAUAUUUUCUCCCAUUUUUUUAUAUUUUAUUCAUAUUAAAUUACCGUAUUUUCCACUCCAUAAGACACACCACACCAUAAGACACACCUAGUUUUUAGAGGAGGAAACCCAGAAAAAAAAUAUUCUGAACAAACUGUCCCAUAGUUUUUCUUAACACCAGAGUGUAUGUAAGGAAUGCAUUGUGUGUUUCUGUGUGUGUAAGAGAUCCAUUGUGUGUAAGGGUUGCAUUGCUUGUGUGUGUGUCUGUGUGUGUAAUGCAUUGUGUUUUCUGUGUGCAAGGGGUGUAUUGUCUUUGUGUGUAAGGGGUGCCUUGUGUGUGUGUGUGUGUGUGUAUGUGUGAUGGAUGUCAAUCUCUUCUCCCCCCUCUCUCUCCCUUGUCACUCUCUUCUCUCCCUUGUCCCUCUCUUCUCCCCCCCUCCCUUGUCACUCUCUUCUCCUCUGCUUGUCCCUCUCUUCUCCCCCUCCCUUGUCACUCUCUUCUCCCCUGCUUGUCCCUCUCUUAUCCCCCGUUGUCACUCUCUUCUCCCCUCUCCACUCUCAUUCCCCCUCCCUCCCCAUCAAUUCCCCUCCCUGUCAAUUUGUUCCCACCCACCCUGUGAAUUUCUUUCCCCUCCCUUUCAAUGUAUUCCCUCUGUGAUGAGAGCAAUCUCGCCACAUUGCAUUGGAGAAGCCUGGUUGCUCGUCUGCUACCUUUGGAUUAUGGCCCAAUGUUAAAAGAUCUCUUUUCCCCUGCAGAAAAGACUUAUUCGUGCUUUUCUGCCCGGUGUUUGGUAGAUUCAAUCUACUGAACAGCCGCACGAAUGAUUAGACCACCUGGGAGCUGGAGUGUGCCGGCAAUUAGCCUCCCAGAAGCUGCGGUUAACCACAGCUUAAUUUACGAAUACUGGGUGGCCGCCAUUCGUAUACCGAACACGAGGUCGCGGACAUUUUAAACACGCGAACGCACAGCGGUGUUCGACGCCUAACUCAUGGAACUAAAAACGGACACAGUUUGGCACGAACACUGCUGAAGCCGCCGACCUCCCUUCUUGUUCGGUGGACGUGCACGAACGGCCCUGUAUUCGGUAGUUGUACCUGACUACACCAUACCCCAGAUAGGAAUCCCAUGGAGCUCAUUCGUAUGAGAACUGACUUUGAGAACACUUUGGCUCCAUGGCGAUUGAACUGUAUUCGUGUAGUCUGAGCGCCAUUCACUUAAUAAUGUGCGCUCAGACCUGAGCUAUCUGGGGAUAUGUUAAAUGUAUAUCUUUACUGUAACCAUUCCAACAUGGGGGAUUUUAACAGUAAUUCCUGUAUUGGUAUCCCCACGUGCAUAAUGGCGAUUUGCCUUUGUCCUGGGAGAUAAUUGAAUUACUUCUCAAUUAUCUCCAGGGCAGAGGGGAGGAAGCCAGGAUGCAUUGUGGGAAUAUAUUGUAACUGUGUGUCCUAAAUGGAUACUUGUCUGUCCUUUGUUACAGUCUCCCAUUUGGUCCCCUAGGGGAGUGUCCACCAGGUGGGAGACCUGCAUAAAUACUGGGCAGGUAGCCCUCAUUAAACAGACCACUGCUUGACCCCCAACACGGAGCCUUGUCUCGUCUUUGGGGGGAUUUACUGAAUGCUGAUAGAGACUGAUUGCUAGGAGUGUAAGCCGCUUGGGUGCUUUUCCUAUUCGUCUGCUAGCAGCUAUUCGUAUGGUUCCAGUUUGUGAGUUUGGAGUGCUAUAUUGUAUGCCGUUCGGGAGUUUGGAGCAUUCCCUUACAUGCGGUUCGGGAGUUUGGUGUUCUACAGUAGCUGUGCCUGCAUCUCUGGAAGGGGAAGAUCGCCUAAACGGUUUUAACCCCUUGUGUGCUGAAACGGUCUGUUACACCCACCCUUUCAAUUUAUUCCCCCCACUCUCCCUGUCAAUUUAUUCCCCCCACCCUCCCUGUCAAUUUAUCCCCCCCUGUCAAUUUAUCCCCCCCUCCCUGUCAAUUUAUCCCCCCCCCUUUCAAUUUAUUCCCCCCCCCCUUUCAAUUUAUUCCCUACCCUCCAUUUCAAUGUAUUCCCCCCCUUUCAAUUUAUUCCCCCACCCUCCCUUUCUUCAAUUUAUUCCCCCCUCCCCUGUCAAUUUAUUCCCCCCACCCUCCCCUGUCAAUUUAUUCCCUCCCCUGUCAACCUCCCCUUCCCUGUCAACCCCCUUCCCUGUCAAUUCCCUUCCCAGUCAAUUCCCCCCCUUCCCUGCCAACCCCCUUCCCAAUUCCACCCCCGCCAUUUCUACUUCCUGUUAGUCCGGCCGGGUACAGGAGACAGAUGCUCCCUGUACCCGCGGACCAAUAGAGGGCUCGGCCACGCUACAGUGAGGGAGUGACAGGAGGGAGUGCUGAGCGCUUCCCUCCUGUCAGCCCCUCUCCUCAGGCUGCGCCCGGGCGGUGCGCCCUCACAGUAAAUUUACUGUGAAUUCUCACUUUAGUAAAUAACCCUGAGAUUCUUACAUCUCAACAUUCCUCCAUACUAUAGUUUAUACCGCAAACUGACUUUUAUACCACCCCACAUACUGGCUCCGUCAUACCGCCCCACAUCCUGACUUUGUCAUUCCACCCCACAUACUGGCUGGCUCAGUUCUACCACCCCACAUACUGGCUCUGUCAUACCACCCCACAUACUGGCUCUGUCAUACCACCCCACAUCUUGACUCCGUCAUACCAUCCUGCAUACUGGCUCCAUUACACCACCUCAUGUACUGGCUCGGUCAUACCGCCCCACAUUCUGACUCUGUCUUACCACCCCACAUACUGGCCUCAUUACACUAUGGCUUCAUUAUACCACCCCACAUACUGACUCAAUGUCACUGCAGCUAUAUGAUCCACAAUCCUUUUUUUGUCUGCUUUUAUUCUGAAAAUCAUACAUUUAUGGGUAAAAUCUUAACAAUCAAGUGAGGUAAGGUGAACAUUUCUGUCAUUUUUUAGUCAUUCUUAAUAGAAAAUGUAUGUUUUUUGUACUCCUUAGAUCAUUGAUAAAGCUACGAAAACAGCACUGGAAUGUUUAAUUAAUCCAGCGAUUGUAUCACCAUUAAAUUAUCUAAUUUCGAUCAAUGUUCAAGAAGUAUUACUUUGUUCAUUUUUAAGCCUUUCAGAUCUGUCCGCAAAGGUAAGGAAGUAUUGACUGAAUUUGUUAAUUUAAUUUAAGCAAUGCGUGUUAUAUUACAGAAGAUGUUUAUUGUUGGUCAUAAUCAGUAUGCAAAUAGGGUUACUGUACGUAUAGUUUGUGUGGAUCUACAAAACUCACCUGUAGUUCCCGGAGGGUAAUAGCCUCUCACUAAACCUCAAUGAGCCAUUUAUAUUAUAUUAUAGGAUAUUGCUAACUGCUUCUUUAUUAGUUGUCCCUGGUAAUAGUGUAUAUAAAAUUCUACUAUAAAUCACUGUUUGUGUUUACUAUUCCCAUCCUUUGUGCGACUUAUCUCAACAAAAUGACCAUUUACUCCCCAAGUUUCACAAUUAACAAGGAGUGAGCAAGUCAUCUCUUCUAUCAUUGUCUAAUGUAUGGGGGAUGGGUGAAAGGCCAGUAAUUCCUUCCCACAUUCCAUAUGCCAUUAAAUAUUAAGGAAGGAGCAUUACUAGUAAUGGAGUAAUGGAUUCCCAAAUCCCAAAUGCUCACUCAUUCUAAUCACAAAAUUCUCUAUACCUGCCUCAGUAAUAAAGAAUGAUAUCGAUACAAUAUCCGAUGCCCAAAGCCUAGUCUGGCGGUGUGACGGGGUGGCUGACUGCUUCUUAAUUGUUUGUAAAUAUGUAUUUUUUAUUACCAGUUAAUGUGAUUGCAGCCAGCUGCCAUUAUCAACCUGGGAGGGUAAAUGGCUUCAGUGGAAAGCAGUGUCUGUAGGUGCCCCCUCCUUCCCAGAAUACCCCCAUCUCCUCCCUUUCCAUGGAAUCUCCUUAGUGACUGACUGCGAUCCCUGCCCAAGUGGCACAUCCAUACACUAUGUACAAUACAGGGAUAUAUACACAAUACACAAACUGAAUAUAAUACAGAGAUACCCAUAAAAUACUCAGAGCUAGGUACAAUACAGGGAUAUAAACACAGACUGAAUAUAAUACAGAGAUACCCAUGCAAUACUCAGAGCUAGGUGCAAUACAGGGAUCAGGGAUGGAUUAACAUAGGGGCUGAUGGAGCUGCAGCUCCAGGCCCAGGCCCAUGGAAUAGGCCCAUGUGUAAAAAAAAAAAAAAAAAAUAUAUAUAUUUUUUUUUUUUACACACUACUUUUAGGUUUGCCACCUGACUGGUAUUUUAAUGACACAGAAAGUAUUUGAGGCUGCCAGGCCAUUCCGGGAUUUCAGUAAUACCGGCAAUACAAAUGCAGGUAAUUUUAUCAGAAUAAAUGGAAAUUACUCUGCAAUACCAGCACCGGCCAGUAGGGGUCACUGUUCUGGAGAGAGGCAGGGAUAGGAAGUUACAGAAUAUCCCUGCCUCUCUCUACUACUCCCUGAUCCGUGGGGCAGCAGCUACACAGCACAGAGAGUCCAGACAGCAGCUCUACAGCUCAUGUAAGUGAGGGAUGGGGGGAAAGGCAGCAGGGACACAUGGGGACACUGAGACACUAGGGGACACAUGGGGACACUGAGACACUAGGGGACACAUGGGGACACUGAGACACUAGGGGACACAGACACUAGGGGACACAUGAUGACACGUACACUAGGGGACACUGAGACACUAGGACACAGACACUGGGAGACCUGGGAACGCUGAGACACUUGGGGACACUGGAAAACAUGGGGACACAGACACUAGGGGACACAGACACUAGGGGACACUGAGACACUAGGACACAUGGGGACACAGACACUGGGAGACCUGGGGACACAGACACUUGGGGACACUGAGACACUAGGGGACACUGGGACACAUGGGGACACUGUGAGACAUAGGGACAUUGGGACACGGAGACACUAUGUCCCCCAGCCAGUGUCCCUAGUGUCCCAGUGUCCCCAAGUCUCCCAGUGUCUGUGUCCCAUGUCUAUCAGUGUGCCUAGUGUUCCCAUGUGUCCCAGUGUCCCAUGUUUAUUUCCACAACUGACCCCAUGUCUCCCUAAAUGUCUGUCUCCCAGCCAGUGUCCCCUAGUCUCCCAGUGUCCCCUAGUCUCCCAGUGUCUGUGUCCCUAGUGUCUUAGUGUCCCCAAAUAUUUCAGUGUCUCCAUGUCUCUCAGUGUCUGUGUUCCUAGUGUCUCAGUGUGCCUGGUGUCCCCAUGUCUCCCAGUGUCCCUAUAUGUCCCAGUGUCCACAUGCCUAUGUUCACAACUGUCCCCAUGUCUCCCAGUGUCCUAAAGUGUCUGUCUCCCAGCCAGUGUCCCCUAGUCUCCCAGUGUCUGUGUUCUCAUGUCUGUGUCCCUAGUGUCUUAGUGUCCCGAAAUGUUUCAGUGUCCCCAUGUCUCCCAGUGUCUGUGUCCCUAGUGUCUCAGUGUCCCCAUUUCUCCCAGUUUCCCUAAAUGUCUCAGUGUCCCCAUGUCUCCCAGUGUCCCCAUGUCUCUCAGUGUCCCCAGUAUCCUAGUGACAUGGGGACACACUGAGACAUUGGCACACUGGGAGAAAUGGGGACACUGACACUGUGAUACAUAGGAACACGGAGACACUGGGUGACUUGCAAGACUGAGACACUGGGAGACACUGGGAGCAAUCCAUCUAUACAGCAGAAUCAAACUGUGAGUAGUUUGUUGGUGAUUUUACAGAAUUUUCUCUGAUGUCACUCCUUGUGAUUUACAUCAUGUGAUGUCACACAUAACUAAUUAAUUAUACAAAUGAUUAAGGCUGGUAUUUUUUUCCAAGAAAGGUGGCAACCUUAACUUCUCUUCACAUACUCUUGCGUAAAGGAGCACUAUAAUGUCAGGAACACAAUCAUGUAUUUCUUACCCUAUGUAAGGAAACCAAGUGUAUUUAAACCUCAUUCGGUAGUUUCCUCCCGAACCGCCAGAGCCUUAGUGAUUAUAGCCCUCCGUUCGGUAGAUAAGGUAGACGAAUCCUAUAGUAAUUCCAAUAGCUUCACCAGAUAAUUCCCUUAGUGAAACACACGAAUCCCCAAACAUCAGCCGAAGUCAAGAAGAAGGUACAAAAUGAACUGUCCUUUAAUGGGUGCACACAGCUUUUAUGCAAGUCCCCAUGCAAGGGGACAGCCCUCAGGGAGGGACAAACAAUAGCCAAUCAUAAACAGUAAAAUGUUAACACACACCUCCAAUUCCCUCCCCUAGCCCAGGAGAUAAUUUAGUCUGAUAAAAUAGUAACUUAAUUAUCUCCGGGCUGAAAAAUCACUUUUUUCCCCAACUUUCAGAACACCCCUUUAUACUGGGGGUAUCCCCAUAAAUUAUGCGUCCCCUGAUCUGGGUGACCAACUUAUUCGAAUUUCACCCAGAUUGGUUCAGGGGCUUGCAAAUUCUAUGGAAGUCUUGUGUGACCAGCUCACCCUGGGCUGCAUGCCCAAAACAGUUCCACGAAUUUGGUGGGUUUUGCCGUUCACUUUCGAAAAACAUAAAAACGAAGAAAAGUACCGAAUGGAUCCCUCUGGCUCCUAGCAGCGUUCGUGCCCCUCUGUCGAAUGCAUCAAAGUACCGAAUAGCGCUCUUCUAGCUAUUCGGUAAAUAGAGUUCCAGCGUUCGUCUGUUUGGGACCGGUGUUCGGGAAGUCGAGUGUCCGUAAAACAGUUCCAUGCACUCGACGACCAGGUCCCGCUCUCUUUGUUCGCAUGUACAAAGAUGCCACGUGGCGUUCAACUAACGAACGCUGGCUGCACAGACAGAGGUAGCAAUUUCACCUAAAUCUUUGAUGUUUAAUGAGCCAGAGGGUGGUCCCGGUUCGGUAGUUUCAUCUACCGAAUACCAUAGGCAGUACAUAGAGAAUAAAAAGGGAAUGCACACUGUAAAUCACAUAGGAAUAGGGGGAUUUCUUCACACCCUAUUAUGUUAAAACCACCACCCUGGCCCCCUUCUUGCCUCCCUAAAUAUAGUAAAAUAUUAUUUGUAUUCAAUUCUGCAGCUGCUGGCUCAGAAGUGGUGGUCUGAGCAAAUUACAAUACUUCCCCAUAGGAUUGGCUGAGACUGUCAACUAGGCAGAUCAGGGGCAGAGCCAGCACAAGUCCAACAUAGCCCUGGCCAAUCAGCAUCUCAUCAUAAAGAUAAAUUAAAUAAAUGCAUCUCUAUGAGGAAAGUUCAGUGUCUGCAUGCAGAGGGUGGAGACACUGAAUCGCAGUACUGCCCCAGGAAGCACCUCUAGCAGCCAUCUAAGGAGCGGCCAGUGGAGUUAUUUUCUCUGAAAAGACAGUGUUUACUGCAAAAAGCCUGAAUGGAAUGAUUCUACUUACCAAAACAAAUACAAUAAGCUGUAGUUGUUCUGGUGACUAUAGUGUCCCUUUAAGUUUGGAAGCUUAAGAGGGAUGUAUGGGAAUAAAAAUUGUAUGCACUGGCUGACAUUAAAGUUAGUUUAGGUAAUGCAGACGUUGGUCUCUCUAACACUGUGGCAUGUCCCCUUUCUUCUACACUUACUACAGACACCUUUUCUCUGUCUCAGACUAUAUACCAGGAACCUCUGCCUGCUAGUAAGAAGGUAAGGAGACAAGUGGACCAGCGAGUGCUAGGGGACAGUCCUUAGAAAGAAUGGAGUGAGCGCAUCAUUAGAUGCAUUUAUGUCAAGCUCAGGGUGCUGCCUGCAUAGUAUGCCCUUAGUUGGACAGCCUGCAGGAUUGGCAGGCAGCCUGACAUGCAUUCAUGCCAGACUGACCUUCCAAUUCUUUGGACAAACAUGCCCCCUUUUUGGGCAUGUUCACCCCUUUUGGCAGGUCUGGUCACGUGAUUCACGCCAGUGGCCCACCCUUUUACCCCGCCCAUUGACUUCCUGCUUCACUGGACAUUGCUGUUAGGGGGUAUGGAUUUACUUGAAAGAUGAAAGCAUAAAUUAGAGCGAAAUUAGCGUAGAGUAUGUGUUUUCUUAUAGCUGCAUCCUAUGAGUUUCCCUCCUGCACCAUCUCCAUCAGAUACAUGACGCUUAGGAGGUAUGAUUGUUUUAGUGUUUUUGGUCAAUAAGAUUCCGUAAUUAGGCCCAUCAUAAUUGUCAGCACCAGGCCCACUGUGCUCUUAAUCCGGCCCUGACAGGGAUAUAUACACAAUAUACAGUACUGCAUAUAAUACAGAGAUACCCAUACAAUACUCAGAGCUAGGUACAAUACAGGGAUAUAUACACAAUAUACAGUACUGAAUAUAAUCCAGAGAUACCCAUACAAUACUCAGAGCUAGGUACAAUACAGGGAUAUAUACACAAACUGAAUAUAAUCCAGAGAUACCCAAACAAUACUCAGAGCUAGGUGCAAUAGAGGGAUAUAUACACAAUAUACAGUACUGAAUAUAAUACAGAGAUACCCAUACAAUACUCAGAGCUAGGUACAAUACAGGGAUAUAUACACAAUAUACAGUACUGAAUAUAAUCCAGAGAUACCCAUACAAUACCGAGAGCUAGGUACAAUACAGGGAUAUAUACACAAACUGAAUAUAAUACAGAAAUGCCCAUACAAUACUCAGAGCUAGGUACAAUACAGGGAUAUAUACACAAACUGAAUAUAAUCCAGAGAUACCCAUACAAUACUCAGAGCUAGGUACAAUACAGGGAUAUAUACACAAACUGAAUAUAAUCCAGAGAUACCCAUACAAUACUCAGAGCUAGGUACAAUACAGGGAUAUAUAAACAAACUGAAUAUAAUACAGAAAUGCCCAUACAAUACUCAGAGCUAGGUACAAUACAGGGAUAUAUACACAAUAUACAGUACUGAAUAUAAUCCAGAGAUACCCAUACAAUACUCAGAGCUAGGUACAAUACAGGGAUAUAUACACAAACUGAAUAUAAUACAGAAAUGCCCAUACAAUACUCAGAGCUAGGUACAGUACAGGGAUAUAUACACAAUACACAGACUGAAUAUAAUACAGAGAUACCCAUACAAUACUCAGAGCUAGGUACAAUACAGGGAUAUAUACACAAACUGAAUAUAAUACAGAAAUGCCCAUACAAUACUCAGAGCUAGGUACAAUACAGGGAUAUAUACACAAUACACAGACUGAAUAUAAUACAGAGAUACCAAUACAAUGUAGCGUCUGACGUCAUUGUGCAUGCGCAUGCAGCGUGUGACAUUAUAAUGACGCGUGACUACGUGUUAACAGCAAACGGGGGUGGUCUAAAGGAGGAGUGAGUGGGUUUCUAAUAUCGAAAGGAUCCCAGGACCAAUACUAAUGUAAACCACAAAGGUCCAAGCCUAACAAAACCGCACAUGACUGCUGACUCCUUUGAUCACCAUGCUAAGUGUCAACGGCCACAGCUUUAUUUAACCCAGCACAACCAAAUACUGUCAGCGGCUGGUUUUACCCAGCAGACAGGUACACUUUCAACUUCUUCCAGAGCCUCUUCAGCCUGUCCUUCGUCAUCAACCAAAUUCAGACUGCGACUCCCCAAGCCCGUCCAUGCAAUAUUCAUUUACCAAACUUGCUGGCUCAGGAAACCCGCAGCUGAGACAAAAUGAAAACAAAGAAAACACAAAACAACAAUUCCGGAACAGAAACAUUGGGGAGGGUAGGGAGGGAAAGACACUGCCAGCAGGACCAGAUUAAGAGCCCAGUGGACCUGGUGCUGACAGUUAUGAUGGGCCUAAUUACAGAAUCUUAUUGACCAAAAACACUAAAACAGUCCUACCUGCCAAGCAUCAUGUAUCUGAUGGAGGGAAACUCAUAGGAUGCAGCUAUGAGAAAACACAUACUCUAUGCUAAUCUCACGCUUUCAUCUUCCAAAUAAAUACAUACUCCUAACAGCAGUGUCCAGUAAAGCAGGAAGCCUAUGGAUGGGGUAAAAGGGUAGGCAACUGACGCAAAUCACAUAACCAGAACUGCCGAAAGGGGAGAACAUACCCACAAACGGGCAGGGCCGGCGCUACUUGUAAGCUGAAGUGGUCUGUACUUCGUACAGCAUGAGCAGGAGUGUUUUCUCCACUUUCGUUUAUACCUAAUAAGUUCUUAUUAGGCAAGAUAACUCUGUUCUGGCUAUGUCCCGAUUGAUGAGAGAGACAGGACUGCAAAGUAUUUAUUCAAAUAAGGACAUCGCUCUAAGAAUGUUUUUGAUCACUGCACUAAGUAACUUCUCAGGUGAGCUUCCUUUCUCCAAUUUAAAGCACCUGAAGAACUACUUGUGAUCUAGAAUGGGAGAGGAAAGAUUAAACUCCCUGCAAGUGUUGGGAUAGAGUCGGAACUCACAAAAUAUUUGGAGAGUACUUAUUUUGUCAUUAGAGUAAAUCAACUCUAUAUUUCUUACUUCACAUAAUUAAAAAUACUUCUAUAGGCAAUCUACAAAUUGUAUAACAUUAACCUGUUAUUGUUUAUUCUACAGACACAGAUCCCGUCAACCCCGUUUAAAGAUCAAGUUUCAGAGGUAAGUGAAGUUAUUUAUCAGGUUUCAGGGGGUAAGUGGCCCAGAAUCAUUAGAUUUCCUCCUGUUGUUAUGAAGCAAUCCAAGUCAGGAUGAGAGAACCCAGCUUGUUGGAUAAGAAAUAUAUGAUAAAGGAUGGCAGACUGGGGCACCUCCAAACACCAUCACCACUGCCUGAGUGAUAAAAUCUGCUCCUUAAAUAAACAGCAAUGACCUCAUACACAAAGCACGUAGAGAUUCUUCCACGGAUUGACAGCUUUGGAUUUCAGCAAUGAUUUGCUUUGAUGAACCAUCACAAUAUGACAAGCAAAAUCUCUAUUGUAGAUUAUGCCAUGAUAUCAAUGGGACAUUCAAUAAAUGUUGCCAUAUAACGAGUUAUUUACUUAUUAAACCAGACACAAAAUGAGCAGCUCUUUCUGUUGUUUCUGUUUUUUCCAUAGGAUGGAACUCUGGAAGAUUAUCUAGAUUUGGAAAUGUCUAUUACAUCUGCAAAUUGCUCUCUUCGAAAAGCUGGGUCUACACUUUCUUUAGAUGCAGAAGUUAAAGUAGUCAGUGAAUCUCUCGGAGUUCUUGUGUCUGCGCCAGCUGUAAGUAUCCAUCUUACCAAUUUAGUAACUGAUUAGAUGGAAAAGGUACACAUUAAAAUGAAUAAAUAUUAUUUAAGACAAAUAUUUAGCAAAGGGGAAAGUCUUAAACAUGUUCUUGCAGCGUAUAAUGGACUUGUGCAUUCAGAUUCCAAAAAAAUUAAAAUUUGGACGAAUUUGGGCUGAUCAGCUUUUUGGACCAAUUCCUAAACUCCGAAGUGAUAUAUAUCCCAGUAAACGGAAAGCACUCCAGGGUCUUUGAGGUAUGGUAAAAUAUAACUUUUAAUUCAUAUAAAAAAAUAAUAAAACAAACAUCAACGUUUCGGCUCACAUCUGGAGCCUUCUUCAGAAAGACAACAUUUACAGACAAAGCAGUGUAAUAUAUGUACACAAUAAUUAAAUGCUUACCAUCAUCAUAUGAGUCAGAGGCAGCAAAAAUCCACGAGAAAAAAGCCGAACAGCCCGAUCUGCCAAAAACCUGGCCGGUUCCCAUGCUGUAUGUGUUCCACCGUUGCUAGGCAAUCGGCUGCUCGCGAAGAAAUGAUUGCCAGAGCUAUCAUCCUCAGCCAGCCUUACAUGCUGUUGCUGGGAAAGGCUCACUGCCACCAAUGUCUCAUAUAUGA